AUGUCUGAUAAAUAUCCAAAUACCCCGCAGGGUUCCACACAUCCCGACCUCCCGAAGUUUGAGGACGAGUUCAAGUUACAGAGGCCACAGAACGGCCAGGCGCCAGGUGCCCAGCCCAACUAUCCGACUAUCGGCGAAAGAGAUCGGCUUCCGGUGGGCGCUUACCCCGAAAUGAAGCCGUAUUUGGAUCCUUUGGCUGGUAGCAGUGAUGGAGGAAUGAUCCCUACGCCUAACCAUCCGAUUUUCAACCAACCCCAUGGGAGCCCGGGGCCCGGAAGAGUUCCAGGAGCCAGGUUUGAUGAUCCCACAUUACCUCACGGAAUGGAUAUGGAAAUGAUUGGCAGUGGGCUACCGGGGAAUGUGGGAGGGAACAUGCGACCAGGUAAUGCGUAUGGGCCUGGAUACGGAGGCCGUCCAGGUUUUAGCAAUGAUGGUCCGCCAGGGUUUGGUAGGGGAAGUGGUGGCAAUGGGUUUGGUGGUGGAUUUGGAGGUGGCAGCGGUGGGCCUGGUUUUUGA